AUGGCAGAUAAAGGAUCGGCAGAACCAAGUAAGAAUAUAGAGGAAGAUGGAACAUCAUACCCAAUACGAAAGAAGCCUCAGGUAACGGUCGAUGAUUUAUAUAGACGAUCGACACAGUAUCAGCUUUGGUCUUUCACUUCAGAAUCAUUACAAGAAGCUAAACAGAAGAUAAAUGAAAAGGGCAGACAGCACGCAAUCGAGGAAUUUAAUAAGGCUCUCUUGAAACUCAAGUCAGGAUCUAAGGAGAAUGUUGAUAAAUAUCAAGCCGAAUUAACUUCGGAGAAAUUACUAGAUCUACUUACACUAGAAGAAGAAUUAAAAUACCUAAACUUUUACUGUGAAAAUAUUAUCAAAGUGGUUAAUUCAUUCAGAAUGCCAACACAAGUGAAAGCAACGGCAGUAUCGUUUUUCAAGAAAUUUUAUUUGGUUAACUCAGUAAUGGAAUAUCAUCCUAAGAACAUAUUAUACACCUGUGUUUUCCUAGCAGCUAAGUCUGAAAAUUACUUCAUGUCCAUAGAAUCAUUUUGUAAGGCACUCCCGAAGACAGAACCAAAGGAUGUUCUCGAUUUAGAAUUUAUAGUCCUACAAUCUUUGAAAUUCACGUUGUUAGUCCACCAUCCAUUCAGACCAUUAUAUGGGUUUUUCCUUGAUUUCCAAGCAGUAUUAUUACAUCCUUCCCCCUUAAUGUACGAUGUCAAUAUCGAUACAAUUGGUGGAAUGUAUGAUAAAGCCAAAAAGUGGUUAAGUGAUUAUGCAUUGUUAAGCGACGUUGCAUUUCUUUUCUCACCACCACAAAUUGCCCUCGCUGCUAUGUAUGAUAUUGAUAAGAGAAUAACGGAUAGAUAUUUAAAAAAAAAAUUCUUAUCGGAACACCAUUAUGACGAAGAAAAUACUCAGGUAAAACUCGAUACGAUUAAAGAAGAUCCAGAACUGAAGGCUGAUAAUUCGGCAGUGGAUAACACCGUUAAAGAUAAUGACAAAGAGACAGAUAUGACACCGAUGGAAAUACAUCAGGACAAAGAAAAUCUAGAGGCUAAAACAGAAGAUAAUUCUAAGAGUGAUAUACAUAAAAUGCAAAGAGAACAAUAUGAAACUUUGGUUAGAACGAUAAGGAAAUGCAUUAAAAUAGCUAAACAAAUACCACAAACUUCUCGGGAGGAAAGUGCGAAAGUCGACAAGAAGUGUUUCUUCGCAUUAAACCCUAGUAGAUUGUUGAAGAAGAAGCUCAGUAAAUUGACUACGGGCAAUGAUGCUACCCCAGUUCCAGCUUCAAGCUGA